CAGCCACGUGUUCACACCUCUGACUGGAACACCUUUCAAAGCCUCACAGAAAACCAUUUCAAAAUAACUGUGUUUUAGGAGCGUUUUCAUUCGCUCGCAGCUUUGAGGAUGGAUCUGUCGGAGGCGCUUUGCUCCGGAUGACGGAGUCUUCAGGUAACUAAAGGAAACCUAAGAACCUGAGGAUGACAGGCCAGGUGCCAGAGAGAGACCGGUCGCCCCACAACCUGUCAGUGAAGACAACCUUGGAGGAAGAGAUCGAGAGGGCUGAAAGUAAACUUAGUAGGGUGCCAUCGGUCUGCGAUGACACGUCAUCAGAGCUGCAACGAGUUGCCGCUCUCGACCCCGACGGUCGCAGUUCGGAGAAUUCUUUUCAGAGGAAUGGGGCCAUUUCAAGACUGGUGAAACUGGUGGUGAGGCUGAGGGAAUGGGCACACAGGAGCCUGGUGGAGGAGGAGGAGCGACCAGACUCCUUCCUGGAACGCUUUCGCGGCCCUGAGCUGAGAACAGCCCCUAGUCGCAACAGCAUCACCCAACCAGAUGCCAAUGGCAACAAUGCCAAAGGGAUCUUGAGGAAGAGGUGGGAAUUGUUAGUUGUCUCACCAUCUGAUGACGCCUACUACCGUUGGCUGUUUGUCAUUGCUAUUGCAGUCCUCUACAAUUGGCUCCUUGUGAUUGCAAGGGCAUGCUUUGACAAACUGCAGGUGAGCAUUUACAUCUGCUGGCUGGUGCUGGACUACAUCUCCGAUACUGUCUACAUACUGGACAGUUUUGUGCGUCUACGGACAGGUUUUCUGGAACAAGGCCUCCUGGUGAAGGACCACGCCAAGCUAAGAGACAGUUACAUCCGAACAUUACAGUUCAAGCUUGACGUGGUGUCCAUCCUGCCCACUGAUCUGGUGUACAUUUACACUGGCAUCCACACUCCUCAGCUCCGAUUCAAUCGCCUGCUGCGCUUCCCUCGUAUGUUUGAAUUCUUUGACCGGACAGAAACACGCACCAACUACCCCAACAUCUUCCGGAUCUGCAACUUGGUGCUCUACAUCCUGGUCAUCAUUCACUGGAAUGCCUGCAUCUACUACGCUAUAUCCAAGUCUUUGGGGUUUGGUUCAGACACAUGGGUCUUUCCAAACAUCUCCAAACCGGAGUACUCGUCCUUAACAAGAAGCUAUGUCUACUGUUUGUACUGGUCAACCCUCACUCUUACCACCAUUGGAGAAAUGCCUGCACCUGUGCGAGAUGAGGAGUACUUGUUUGUGGUCUUUGACUUCCUUGUUGGAGUGCUGAUCUUUGCAACAAUUGUGGGAAAUAUAGGCUCCAUGAUAGCCAAUAUGAACGCCACCAGGGCCGAGUUUCAGGCUCGAAUUGACGCUAUCAAACACUACAUGCACUUCCGCAAGGUCAGCAGAGAGCUGGAGACGCGCGUCAUCAAGUGGUUCGACUACCUGUGGACCAACCAAAAAGCCGUAGACGAGCAGGAGGUGCUGAAGAACCUGCCCAACAAACUGCGCGCCGAGAUUGCCAUCAACGUACACCUCGAGACACUCAAGAAAGUACGCAUUUUUCAAGACUGUGAGGCCGGACUGCUAGUGGAGCUUGUGCUCAAACUACGUCCGCAGGUUUUUAGUCCAGGAGACUACAUCUGCAGGAAAGGAGACAUUGGUAAGGAGAUGUAUAUCAUUAAAGAGGGGAAGCUGGCAGUCGUAGCUGACGAUGGGGUCACGCAGUAUGCUCUCCUCACUGCUGGAAGCUGCUUUGGGGAGAUCAGCAUUUUGAACAUAAGGGGUAGUAAAAUGGGGAAUCGCCGCACAGCCAACAUCCGAAGCUUGGGAUACUCUGACCUCUUCUGCCUCUCCAAGGACGACCUAAUGGAGGCAGUGACAGAGUAUCCAGACGCUAAAACAGUGCUAGAGGACAGGGGUAGGGAGAUCCUUAAGAAGGAAGGGCUUCUUGACGAGAAUGCGGAGAAGGGCGGGCUACAGAAGGAGGACGCAGAGGAGAAGGUGGAGAGACUGGAGUCCUCUCUGGACACCCUACAGACUCGUUUUGCCCGUCUGCUGACUGAGUACACAGACACUCAGCAGCGGCUAAAGCAGCGAAUCACUCUGCUGGAGCGGCACCUGAACCAAACUGACUGCGGCGCAGAGGCAAACAAUGACAUAGAUGCCAGUACACAAAUGGCAAGUGGAAGUGGCCCCGGUGGUUUUGGCGGUACAAAUGGGUCACCACAUCAAAACGAUGUUCAGACUCGGAACAGAAACGGGAAAACAUUACAACACUGAUACUUUCAACAUCAGACUUCAGCCAUUCAUUCAUCCACUCACUGGAUGAAUCAUGGAGGAUGGAGCCUGUCUCCAGGGGUCAAUGGCCUGAAGGCGGAGUACGUCCUGGACAGAUCACCAGUCCAUCACAGGCAGCACAAAGACACAUUGGGCAAAUAGCCGUGCAUGUGCACACAGCAGGGUAAUUUAAAGUGGGCAAUUAAGCUAAAAUGCAUGUUUCUGCUCUGCUGGAGGCAGACGGAACAUCUUCACACGCCAUUGCCCUUUUACUGUUUUCUUGCAAUUUAGAAUUUAAAGAAAUACCUGCAUUUCAAUCAACAUGAAAACAAAAUACACAACACCAGAACCAAGCUAACUUUGAGUUAUUGUACAAACGAACGGCCAAGAGCUGAAUGCAUGUGCAAAGGUUGACUUCAAGUUUCAAACCAGCUCAAGCUGAAUAAAUGUUACAGAGUACAUAAACAACAAGU